ACUUUUCUGCCUUUCCGUAAGCUCGUGUGUGUGUGUGUGUGUGUGUGUGUGUUUGAGAGUGGGUGGCGGCAGUGCGCGUGCAGGUCAGCGCUGUUUACGUUUGUGUAGCACGGGGCGGCGGGAGACACGGAGCGCGCGCGCACCGUGGCUACGAACGGACAGUCACACACACACACAUACACACACUGCACACGCGCGCGCGUGCAACCCCGCGAUCGGGCGACACCGUGAGGCGGCGCGUAACAGACUCCGACACCGACACCACCACCACCACCGCUAGAACCGCCGCCGAGACGAAAAGAGCGUGCCUGGUUUUUGUUUAUUUGUUUGUUAGUUUGCUUGUUGGUUGUGUGUGUGUGUGUUUUUUUUUCUUCUUCCCCGUGCUUUCGAGGAACGCGUCACGUUCGUUGGCGCGCCGCUCGGAGCGGAGGAGCGUUUCCGGUUUCGGAACGCGUCGGCUGAGCAGCGCGCGCGCACCAUGUAUCCGCACGGGAGACCGCAGGCCCCGUUGGUGCCAGGCCAUGCCGGCAUGAAGUUUACUGUUCUGGAGACGUUGGACCACAUUAAAGAAGAGUUCCAGCUUUUCCAGGCUCAGUACCACAGCCUCAAGUUGGAAUGCGAGAAACUGGCCACGGAGAAGACAGAGAUGCACAGGCAUUACAUCAUGUAUUAUGAGAUGUCAUACGGACUGAAUAUCGAGAUGCAAAAGCAGGCGGAGAUUGUGAAGCGGCUCAGUGCUAUAUGCACUCAGAUUAUCCCUCUCCUGUCCCAAGAGCAUCAACACCAGGUGGCCCAAGCAGUGGAAAGAUCCAAGCAUGUAAGCAUGGCUGACCUAAAUGCUAUCAUAGGGCAACAGCAGCUCCAACACCUGUCCCAUCAUGCUCCAGGCUUCCCCCUGACACCACACCAGGCAGGCCUGUCUCUUGGACCGGGUGUCGGUCUCAUGGCUCUCCCAGGGGCUUUCCCCUUCCCACAACAUAUGGUGCCUAAAGACGACGUGACUCACCCCGAAUCCAUGGAUCCCAGAGAUGGUGCUCCAAACAGGAGUUUUGCCGACUCAGCUGCAAUGAGUCAGUCGAUGGGUCAGAGGCUGCCUCUGCCUUUAGGCUGCCCAGCCGAUUCUGCGCCAGACAGCAAAAGAAGCAGUGCAGAGGGAAAACCCCGAGUUCCCACACCCCGGGACAGAGAAGUGGAAAAAAAUGAGGACAGUUUGAAACGGGACAGCACUAAAGAGAAGAGCGUGUCUCCAACCGGAGGAUCUCCCAGGUCUGCUGAUGGGAAUGGCAUGGACAGCCGAAACUCCUCCAGAGACGCCCGGUCACCUUCCUCUGGCUUUUCGCACACCCCCACACCCAACCAGCACAAGAGUCCUCCUCAGGAGAAAGCACGCUCUCGUUCUCCAUCCCCGUCAUGUGAUGCUCCAUCUCCUGCACCACCUCCGCCUCCUCCAGCUUGUCCUCUGUCCUCCCCAGCAUGCGCUCCCUCUCCUCCUGUCCAGCACUAGGACCCACUCCGCUUUGUGGAGUGAGACGGGUGGGAGACGAAGUGGCCCUUCCUCAAGCAACCCACCCACCAAACCCAGCACACACCGGCUCCGUCCCAUAGUGCAACGGGGUUCGAGGACCAGAUGUCUUCCUGUGGAAUGUGCAUUUGUCCACCGAGUUUUGGAGCUGAACACAUUCUGUAUCCGCUACACUGCAGGGCCGUGUCAGGGGCACAGCUUAACAUGCCAAUCGAUCAGCUGUUCUAGUGAUUGACAGGUCUAUCAGCCAUUCAGGCAGCUGGAGUGCUGUGGCAAAGCUGAGAAUUUCGCAGUAAGCAAGUGAGAGCGAGUCCUGUUGACCCUCGAUAACCAUGGGAAAAUACAAACCUACCAAACUAAAGACAGAAACAGACUGAGACCCUUUAACAAGUCCUGUGUAAACACUGACCUUUAAGACUGUUGUGUAGCAGAACCGGAUCGUCUUUUGCAGAAGAAGGUGACCUUUAUAUUAUCUUUUAUACACUCGGAUUAUGCACUGGGAACUUGUCUUUGUGUUGUUGUUGGGUUUUUCUUUUUUCUUUCUUUUUGUGUUCCUCAUAGCAACAUGUGCAUGAGUAUGCAUAGAUCUGCUGGUGGACAUGAGCUGCAGAUGUUUGGCACUCUAAUAAAACUCUCAAAAUGA